AUGCAAGCCUACCGCGGUAGGCUAGAUACAAUCCAGCUAAGAGUUGUUAAGACUGACGAUAUGGCUGACGAAGGACAUAAUGGAAAUGCUGCUGGAGAUGCUGAGCCGGAAAACUUCCGCAAAAUCUUCGUGGGAGGCCUCACUGGUAACACAACCGAUGAAGUCAUGCGGGAGUUCUACUCACAAUUCGGUGAGCUGACUGACAUAAUCGUCAUGCGCGAUCCAAACACCAAGCGGUCGAGAGGCUUCGGUUUCGUCACCUUCGCCACUAAAGCUAAUGUUGAUGCUGCUAUGGCUGCUCGUCCUCAUGUCAUCGAUGGAAAAACGGUUGAUCCUAAACGUGCUGUUCCUAGAGAUGACAAGAAUCGCAAUGAGUCAAAUGUGUCCACCAAACGUUUGUACGUUAGUGGAGUUCGCGAGGACCAUACAGAAGAAAUGUUCACGGAGUACUUUAGCAAGUUCGGAAAUGUUGUGAAAUCUGAAAUCAUACUCGAUAAAGUAAGCAAUAAACCCCGUGGAUUCGGAUUCGUUACCUUCGAUGAUUACGACCCGGUCGACCAAUGUGUUUUGCUCCGAAGUCACAUGAUAAACGGGUUCAGGUGUGAUGUAAAGAAGGGUCUUUCGAAAGAUGAAAUGAACAAAGUCGCCCAAAGUAAUCGCGAUCGUAUGGAUAGAAUGGGACGCUCGCGCGGAGAUCAGCGCGGUGGUUAUGGAGGGCCAGGAGGCGGUUGGGGUGGUCAACAAGGAGGACAAGGACAGCGUGGAGGUUGGGGACAACAGGGUUAUGGCCAGCAGGGAUAUGGUGGCCCGCAAGGAGGCUAUGGACAACAAGGUGGAUACGGAGGAUAUGGUCAACAGCAGGGUUGGGGAGACCAGUCAGGAUGGGGUCAGCAAUCCGGUGGAGGCGGCUGGGGUGGCCAAGGCGGAGGCUGGGGCCAACAGUCCGGUGGAUGGGGAGCGAGUGGUGCACCAUCUGGGCAGCAGCAGUAG